AUGCCUGACAACAAAGCAGCAUGGAUUCCAGCACCCAAAGCACGCCUAGAAGUCCAACCAGCUCCAUAUCCCACGCCUGGCCCAAAAGAUAUCAUAAUCAAAACAUCGCACGUCGCCAUCAACCCUCUUGAAUAUAAGAUUCAAGACACCAACCCUCCGAUCGGCGGCAAAGAAAUCCCAUACCCAACAAUCUUAGGCGCAGACCUGUCCGGUACAGUCGUAGAGAUUGGAUCCGAAGUUUCGACACGCCACGUAGGAGACCGAGUAAUCGCGAAUGCGAACGGAGCACAGACAGGUCAACCUUCGAGGGGUGGGUUCCAGUUGUACGUGCGGUUAGAUGAGAGCAACACGACACUUCUGCCAGUUAAUGUUCCUUUCGAGGCUGGAGCUGUUUUGCCUUUGGCAUGCGACACUGCUGCGGCAGGGCUUUUCGUUCCCGAGCAGUUGGGUCUGCACACAAAUGCGCUAGGUGGUGAGGCGACCAGUUCAACAGCUGCCGGGCCAGGCUCUGUAUUGUUGGUAUGGGGAGGUAGCUCGAGUGUUGGUUGCUGUGCGAUACAGAUGGCCAAAGCCGCGGGUUAUGAGGUUUACACGACAGCGAGCAAACGCAAUCAUGAUCUGGUUCGUUCGAUUGGCGCAUCGAAAGUGUUCGAUCAUACUCAGCCAGAUGUUGAAAGCGAAAUCACCGCGGCCUUGGAUGGUAAGACAGUCAUUGGAGCGUACGAUGCCAUUGUAGACCGAGAAAGAUCGUUCCUGCCUUGUGCAAAGAUCCUGGCAAAAACGACUGGGCCACGGAAGAUCGCUGCGGUGUUGAAUCCGCCUAACGUCCAGCUUCCAGAGGGCGUCGUUGCGCAGAGAUUGAGCAUUCCUGCUUUGAGAGCUGGUCCAGUCUACAAAAUCGUACAUGACUGGAUGGAAAAGGCACUUGCGAAUGGCAGCCUGCAACCAAAGCCCAACCCCGAGAUUGUCGGAGAAGGCUUUGAAUACAUCCAGAAUGGCAUCGACAGAAUGCGAAAGGGCGUCAGCGCAACAAAGCUCGUGAUCAAAGUAUGA